CCAGCGUCGGCACACUGCCGUCCGUGCCCACCGUGCCCGUCCCGCCAUGGCCGCGGCCGCCCUCCUAUCCCGGCCCCGGCCACUGCCCCUGCUCCUGCUGCUGCCGCUGCUGCUGCUGUUGCUGCUGCUGCUGCGCGCCGGCCGGGUGCGUGCUGACAGUAAGGUGUUUGGUGACAUGGACCAGGUGCGAAUGACCUCAGAGGGCUCUGACUGCCGCUGCAAGUGCAUCAUGAGGCCGCUGAGCAAGGACGCGUGCAGCCGGGUGCGCAGCGGGCGGGCGCGGGUGGAGGACUUCUACACCGUGGAGACAGUGAGUUCGGGGACCGACUGCCGCUGCUCUUGCACGGCGCCACCCUCCUCACUCAACCCCUGCGAGAACGAGUGGAAGAUGGAGAAGCUCAAGAAGCAGGCACCGGAGCUCCUCAAGCUGCAGUCCAUGGUGGAUCUCCUGGAGGGCACCUUGUACAGCAUGGACCUGAUGAAAGUGCACGCCUAUGUCCACAAGGUGGCCUCCCAGAUGAACACACUGGAAGAGAGCGUCAAGGUGAACCUGAGCCGGGAGAACGAGGUGGUGAAGGAGGGCAUGCGCCAUCUCAGCGAGCAGCUGAAGCGCUAUGAGAAUCACUCGGCCAUCAUGAUGGGCAUCAAGAAGGAGCUCUCCAGCCUGGGCCUCCAGCUGCUGCAGAAGGACGCGGCCACGGUCCCCGAUGCUGCCCCAGCCCCCGGCCCUGCUAGCAAGGCUCAGGACACAGCUGGAGGGAAAGGCAAAGACAACAACAGAUACGGCAACAUGCAGAAGAGCUUUGUAGACAAGGGCCUCCCAAAAUCUCCUAAGGAGAAGCUGCUGAAGGUGGAGAAGCUGAGGAAGGAGGGUGGCAAGGGCAGAUUUCCACAGCCCACAGCCAAGCCCCGGGCUCUGGCCCAGCAGCAGGCUGUGAUCCGAGGCAUCACCUACUACAAGGCGGGCAGGAAGGAGGUGGCUGAGGCCGUGGCUGACAACGCCCUCAGGGGCACUUCCUGGCUGGAACAGCUCCCGCCCAGGACCGAGGGCAGGCCAGCAGAGCCCAACUCAGCAGAACGAGAGGAGGCUGGACCCAGGGCCUCAGAGGGAGCGGACUUGGCCUCCGGCACCCCCAGCUCGGACCCCUUCAUCACCCCCACCCCGACUCCCACCACCCGGCCCCUGCCCACGGAGCUACCUUCACGCCCAGACGUCGCCAACCCAGGCAGAGAGGUGAGCUGUGAGGGCACCCUCCGGGCCGUGGACCCCCCCGUGAGGCACCACAGCUACGGGCGUCAUGAGGGAGCCUGGAUGAAGGACCCUGCUGCGAAAGAUGACAGGAUCUAUGUCACCAACUACUACUACGGGAACAGUCUGGUUGAAUUCCGCAACCUGGAAAACUUCAAGCAAGGCCGCUGGAGUAACAUGUACAAGCUGCCCUACAACUGGAUCGGCACGGGCCACGCGGUGUACCAGGGCGCCUUCUACUACAACCGCGCCUUCACCAAGAACAUCAUCAAGUACGACCUGAGGCAGCGCUUCGUGGCCUCCUGGGCGCUGCUGCCCGACGUGGUGUACGAGGACACCACUCCCUGGAAGUGGCGCGGCCACUCGGACAUCGACUUCGCCGUGGACGAGAGCGGCCUGUGGGUCAUCUACCCUGCGGUGGAUGACCGCGACGAGGCCCAGCCCGAGGUGAUCGUGCUGAGCCGCCUGGACCCUGGCGACCUCUCCAUGCACCGCGAGACCACGUGGAAGACGCGGCUGCGGCGGAACUCCUACGGGAACUGCUUCCUGGUGUGCGGCAUCCUGUACGCCGUGGACACGUACAAUCAGCAGGAGGGCCAGGUGGCCUAUGCCUUCGACACGCACACGGGCACCGACGCGCGCCCGCAGCUGCCCUUCCUCAACAAGCACGCCUACACCACCCAGAUCGACUACAACCCCAAGGAGCGGGUGCUGUACGCCUGGGACAACGGCCACCAGCUCACCUACACCCUGCACUUCGUGGUCUGAGCAUGGACCUGUGCUCACGGGAGAGGAGGGGCAGUGGGCAUGGGGGCUCCCCACAGCAACUCCCACAGGGGGCUCCAUCAGCAAAUACUUUCCGGGGGCCAGGUCCCCUGGCAUGUGGCGCAGCCCGCAUAAAGCUCCCUUGGCACCCAGUGGAUUAGUAGUCCCUUCCACUUGCAGAGCACCUGCGAGAGCUUCACGUGCACUCAAUCCCUCUCGGUCCUCCCACGGCACCCUCAGAGGUAGAGAUGAGUAAGCCCAUUUAGCAGAUGAGGACACUGAGGCUCGGAGAGACAGUUCCCUUGCCUAAAUAGCCUCACUUUGGAUCAGGCAGGCCAUGCUUUACAGAUGAGGAGACCUGACCACUCUCCCCUACACCUCCAGGCCUCUCUCUACUCCUAAAGUUUCUCUUGGUCUCUCAACUCUGUCUCCCUUCCUGGGGCCGCUCAAAACCAGAAGCCUCUGGAACCCAUGCACUAGUGCUGGUUGGAGGCUCCGCUCCAUGUACCACCCCAGGCUCCCGUUCUGGCCAAACUGGUGGUGGCCCUGGGCUUCAGGCCCCCUGGCUAACGUUCCUGCUCCUUGCCUCUGGCCACUAUCCCCCCACCCACCUCACCCUAUGUCCAACCACAUUCCAAACCUCCAUGGUCACCCAGCCACUGAGUAGAAACCACACCCCGAGGAAAAAUACCAGCCCCUGUUCCAAGCUCCCCCUCCCUCUGUACUCAUUUUUAUUUUCUCUUAUUCCUCCUCACUGCCGUCAUCUGUUUCCACAGCAGCAGCUGAGAAGGCUGCAGGCAGCUGUCUGCCAGCCCCAUCCCUACCAGGGUGGGCAGCUGGGCCAGGCCCUGAGCUCCCCCUCCACCCAGAACGGCUGGCUUUGGCCACAUACCAUAGGCCAUGGGACCUCUCCUCGGACCUUCCCAGAGCCUUUGGGCCUGCGGUCCAUGUUGUCCUUUCUCUCUGCACCUUUGGACCCACAACCUGUAUGUACUCAGGGAUACUUCCAGGACUGCCAUGAGCAAGACCCUAGGACCCAAGGCUGGGGUGGUGCCAAGAUGAAGCAGAUUCCCUCUCCCUUGUCAGUCCUGACCUGAUCACUUAGUGGAAUGGCCCACAGCCGGGGAGGGGGCACCGGGAGAGGCUGAGAUUGGAGCAGUUGGGUCCAGGGGAGGCACUGGACCUCAGGGCUGCAGGGAAGUACUAGGGGGUGAAAGCUGGGAGGGAAGGCGAAGGGGGUCUAUGGACCAGGUUUUCCUGGCUUCAGAAUUAUUGGUGCCAGGGUUGCCCGUAAGCCCAGGACUCGGGGCCGAGGAUGCACAGGUGGGCCGUCUCUCCUGGUGCUGCUGGUGGCCUCCCUGAGCCUCAGACCCAGACAGCCCACAGGACAAGACUGUCAAGCCUGCUCCUCAUCUGCCUUGGGCAGUAUUUUCACAGCUAGGAAGAAGUUCACCAGUCUGACUCCCUGUUUCACCAAACGAGAAAUAUGCCCAGCGAGUGGGGAACAGGACGCAGCUGAUCUUCCAGAAGGGCUUUGUCUAUAUCCUUUAUUCUCCCGGCUUGGAGGCAGCUCCGCCUGGGAAAGCCAUAGACCACGGGGCACCCAAUCCAUCCCAGCAUCUUUAAAGAGUAUUUACUGCUGAUCCCUGCACCACCCCCAACCCUGCUUCCCUCAUUCUGUCCCUGUGCCAGCUCCUGAAUAUCUGUGCAUUUGAAGGCCCAGCUGCCAUGUUAGAAAAUUCAGCUACACACCCAGGAGUGUAAGGAAAUGCAUUUUCUGCAGAAGACGUGUCUGUCAGGCAUUGCCAGGUGAUGCUUUGUUUCGGCUGUAACUCACCCCUCAAACAAAGGGGGAUGAUGGGAGCCAGCCAAGCAAGGCCUGACUCACAGCGGUGGCCACACCCAGGCUCCCCCCACCCAGCCUCAACCGUCUCUUCAGGGGGCUGCGCUUCCCUUGGCUCUGGGCGUGGGUUUUACAAGACUGUGUCUUUCAUGAUAUCACAGCCUAACCAUGCGAGAAGUGUUCAGACUCCUCUUGCUCAUUAGUCUGAGAAAAAGGAAAGUUACAAAGGACUAGUUUGGGAAAACUAAAAGACAAGCAAGAUUGUUUUCUGGGGGAGACAAUGCUGGCUGCAGCCUCCAAACAUUCACUAAGCCCCUUCUGUUUUCAGGCCUUUGUGUGGGGUUAGGUGGUAGAUAGGAGUUAUUUUCCUCAAUUUACAGAUAGUCAGACUAGAACCCAGACAAGUCAUGUGUCGUGCAAGCAGUUAAGUGGAGAGCCGGGUCUCAAAAUCAGGUCAUCUGACCAUCACCACUGCAGCUUAGCGGGGACUAAGUGUGGCUGAGGACCCAAGCAUCACCCUCCUAGAGCUAGAAGGCACCUUGACACACCUUAUCCCUGAUGUAACUAGGAACCUCCAAGGUUCGCAUUACUUUUCCCCUUUACAGGUGAUGAGCCUCAAGUUCAGAAACGUUAAGCAACCUGCUCAGGGUCGUGAAUCUUUCAAGUAGUAGGAGUCAAGAUUUGCACCGGGUCUGUUUUAAACCAAAGCCCCAAACUCACUGUUAGGAAUCUUGUAACAAGUCGGGUUUUCUUUUUUGCUUUGGCCGCUGGGAACCUCAAAGUCAUGAGAUUACUUUUAACAAUUGUACUGAGUCACCUACUUGACUCUGACUUCAGUCUAGCUUUCUGCUUUAAUCUUUGAUCUGUUUUUUACUUUAUUGUAUUUUAUCUAUUUUUGUAAGUUGCCACAAUACCUUUUUUGCAAUAAGGUGGCAUAUAACUAAAUAAAUAAAUACAUGAUCAAAAGCUCCA